AUGGAGAAGUACUCAGCAUACAACGAUCCUCUUUCUGGAGUAAAUCCAUUUACCGAUAGAAAAGGGACGAGAUACUCGAUACUUGAGUACACUAAGGCGAUUCUGAAGAUCCCGUUUUUGGUGAUUAUGCUUGUUACAAAUAUUGAUGUGGUGAGAUAUCUCAUAACAAUCAGGUCGAAUACAUUGGGAAAGCCACGCGUCUUGGCAGCCAAUUCAUCUUCAUUUCUUGAUAUGCAUGUUUUACGACACUUGACUGGAAUAAGAAAUUUUUACUAUGUUACUGAAACAGGUUACAUCGAUGCCAGGUCAAACAAGUUUAUAUCAAGUGUAGUUGAACCAUGUGUCUUGUUUCCUGAGGCAUGCAGAACAAACAACAGAGCGGUUCUUCAGUUUUCGAGGAAUGUCCGUGUGGAUUAUGUUUGUGGGAUCAAGUACAACGGAGACUGUGUAAAUCUGUAUGGAAAUCGCUUUUGGUUCAUGCUGAGAUUCCUGGCAUCUAAUUGCUCUGUGGAUGUCAAAUUCAAGCAAAGCACGGAUAUUCAAUACAUAAGCAAGCUCUCAGGUCUUCCACAAGUGAUAUGGUCAGCAAAGGACAAAAAUAGAUUUGUUGAGGAAUUCACAUAUGGUUCUAAAACACAAAAAAAACAAUAA